UGCCCUCCCCUCAACCUCAAGCUCCAUCCUUCCCAAACACAUGGGCUCUCGCCGUCCUCCAAGCCCUACCACCCUAGUCUUACUCGUAUUGCUGCCAUGCCUCUGCCAUGCGCCGCGCUGGGCCUUCUCGCUCUCCUUCAACCUCAACUUCUCCGACCCCAACGCCGGUCCAUCCAUCGCCUUCCGCGGCGACGCAUUCAUCACCACGCCUCCAUCGACCCUCGAGCUGACAAGGAACACGCGCAGUACGGGUAUUGAGGACAGCGUCGGCCGGGCGUCCUACGCGCACAAAGUGCCGCUGUGGAACAAAGCCACCGGCGAGAUGGCUAGCUUCACCACCACCUUCUCCUUCCAAAUCACCCCGGAAAACCGCAGCCUGGCGUAUACAGGCGAUGGGAUGGCCUUCUUCCUCGGUAGUUUCCCCUCCGAGAUCCCGCCUUACAGCGGCGGCGGCGGCCUCGGCCUCCUCCCGGCCAGCACUAACGGGACAGGCGACACCCGGGUCGUGGCCGUGGAGUUCGACACUUACGACAACACUCUUGGUGGCUCAGCGUACUAUGCCGACAUCAACGACAACCAUAUUGGCAUCGACGUCAACUCCCUCAACUCCACAGCGUCCACAGACACCACCACCUGGCCGGGAAAGAACCUCACGUCGCUCGAUCUCAUGGAAGCCACGGUGAAGUACCACAACGAUUCCAAGAUGCUGGCCGUCGAUCUCUUCAUCGGCGACGCCCUAUACCAGGUCAAUGCAAUCGUUGAUCUGAGAAAAUAUUUACCGGAAGAGGUGGCUGUUGGCUUCUCCGCGGCGACUGGCAUGUACGCCGAGCUGCACCAGGUAUUUUCAUGGUCCUUCAGUUCCACUCUGCAGCCUGAAACAAGGAAGGAAGCACAAGCACCUCCACCUGCUGAACCUCCUCUUCCAAUUCCAACCAGCAACGACAAGAGCCAAAAAAAGUUGGUACCUAUCCUACUGUCCAUCCUAGUUCCUCUGCUUUUUUUGUUGGUCUGUGCGGCGGUGGUACUGGGCUGCCGGCGACACAGGAAAAAGAGAGCAAAUGAUGAGAGCGAAGAAGAGUGUGACGAUAGAGCUGACCUCGAGAGAGGGGUGGCUGCCGGCGGCCCGAGACGGUACAUGUACCACGAGCUCGUCGCCGCAACGAACAACUUCGCGGCCGAAGAGAAGCUCGGACGAGGCGGUUUCGGGAGCGUUUACCGGGGUCACCUCACGCUUACACUCACAGGCUCUGCCGGUGGUGACCAAGACCGUCCAGCAGUGGCGGUGAAGGUGCUGUCAGCGGACUCGUCGGCGCAGGGGAGGAAGGAGUUCGAGGCAGAGGUGAGGAUCAUCAGCAGACUCAAGCAUCGCAACCUUGUCCAGCUGCUGGGCUGGUGCGACAGCCGCAAGGGGCUCCUGCUUGUGUACGAGCUCGUCGCGGAGGGCAGCCUAGACAGGCACCUCUACAGUCGCAAGGACGACACGUAUCUGACAUGGCCACAGAGGUACAACAUCAUCCUUGGCCUGGGAUCCGCUCUGCGCUACCUCCACGGAGAGUGGGAGCAGUGCAUCGUCCACGGCGACAUCAAGCCGAGCAACAUCAUGCUAGACUCGUCGCUCAGCACCAAGCUCGGGGACUUCGGGUUGGCCCGGCUCAUCGACCACGGCGCCGGGUCAAUGCACACCACCAAGGCCGUUCUCGGCACCGUCGGCUACAUCGACCCGGAGUUCGUCAACACGCGCCGGCCAAGCACCGAGUCGGACGUGUACAGCUUCGGCGUCGUCCUCCUCGAGAUCGUUUCCGGCCGGCGGCCGGUGAUCGAGACCGCGGAGAGGUCCUUCACGCUGCUCAGCUGGGUGUGGGGCCUGUACGGGAGGGAGGCGAUCCUCGACGCGGCGGACGAGCGGCUGAGGGGCGACGAGGCGGACAAGCGGUGGAUGGAGCGGGUGCUCGUCGUCGGGCUCUGGUGCGCGCAGCCGGACCAGAGCGAGCGGCCGUCCGUGGCGCAGGCCAUGCACGUCCUGCAGUCCGACGAGGCGAGGCUGCCGGCGCUCCCGCUGCACAUGUACAGAUCUGCACCGAGUUUUACGUCGUCCGUCCCGUACGGGUCUUUCUCCGUCGAUAGCUCUGGCUCCGGCUGCGUUCGUUCUUCUUCGGUCAGCACCGGCAACACCACUGUCUCCUCCGAGUCGUCGUCCACCGCGCUGCUACGAAAUUCCAAGGAUCAAGCUAGUUGAUUCAUCCAGACUUGUAAAUUUUGAUUAAUUUCCUUGUUUCGGUUGACAGCUCAGGCUCCGGUUGUGUUCGCUCUUCUUCGGUCAGCAGUCAGCACCACUGUUUCCGACUAAUACUGCACCUACAAAGGUUUACGUAAAGAUUUUACGUACAAAUUGAUGUGUAAGAUUAUGAAUGGUAAUUAAGGAAUGAAGGACCCCACCCUCACUAAAAAUCAGGGGGAGAGA